AUGCUUCUCAUGUGGACUUCUCCUCUUAAAGGGUGGCCCUUCCUCAGCCAGCUUCCUGCCUGGCCAGAGGAGAAGAGAAAGCUAGGCUGCACCCUUCCCACGCUGCCGCUGCACCAGGGACAGAAAUCUUGGAUAGAAAAAACCUUUUGCAAAAGAGAAUGUAUCUUUGUAAUUCCCAGCACAAAAGACCCCAACAGGUGUUGCUGUGGGCAGCUCACCAACCAGCAUCUUCCUCCUCUGCCAAGUCGAACAGCUAGCAAAGAUGAAGAGGAAAGCAAACAGGUGGAGACUCAGCCUGAAAAAUGGUCCGUCAGCAAACACACCCAGAGCUACCCAACAGAUUCCUAUGGGAUUCUUGAAUUCCAGGGUGGUGGAUACUCCAAUAAAGCCAUGUAUAUCCGCGUAUCCUAUGACACCAAGCCAGAUUUGUUGCUUCAUCUCAUGGUGAAAGACUGGCAGCUGGAACUCCCUAAGCUCUUAAUAUCCGUGCAUGGAGGCCUCCAGAACUUUGAGAUGCAGCCCAAGCUGAAACAGGUCUUUGGGAAAGGACUGAUCAAGGCCGCCAUGACCACCGGGGCCUGGAUCUUCACUGGGGGCGUCAGCACGGGUGUCAUCAGCCACGUAGGGGAUGCCUUAAAAGACCACUCCUCCAAGUCCAGAGGCCGGGUUUGUGCUAUAGGAAUUGCUCCAUGGGGCAUUGUGGAGAAUAAAGAAGACCUGGUCGGAAAAGAUGUAACGAGAGUGUACCAGACCAUGUCCAACCCUCUAAGUAAGCUCGCCAUGCUCAACAGCUCCCACACCCACUUCAUCCUGGCCGACAACGGCACCCUGGGCAGAUACGGCGCUGAGGUGAAGCUCCGGAGGCAACUGGAAAAGCACAUCUCUCUGCAGAAAAUCAACACGAGAAUGGGGCAAGGUGUGCCCGUUGUGGGCCUCGUGGUGGAAGGAGGCCCUAACGUGGUUUCCGUCGCCCUGGAAUACCUCCGAGAGGACCCUCCAGUCCCCGUGGUGGUUUGUGACGGCAGCGGCCGAGCCUCGGACAUCCUGUCUUUUGCACACAAGUACUGUGAUGAAGGAGGGAUAAUAAAUGAAUCCCUCAGGGAUCAGCUUCUAGUUACCAUUCAGAAAACAUUUAAUUACAACAAGACACAAUCACAUCAGCUGUUUGCAAUUAUAAUGGAGUGCAUGAAAAAGAGAGAACUCGUCACCGUGUUCAGAAUGGGUGCUGAGGGUCAGCAAGACAUCGAGAUGGCAAUUUUAACUGCCCUGCUGAAAGGAACAAACGCAUCAGCUCCGGACCAGCUGAGCUUGGCGCUGGCUUGGAACCGCGUUGACAUAGCACGAAGCCAAAUCUUUGUCUUUGGGCCCCACUGGCCGCCCCUGGGAAGCCUGGCCCCGCCAACUGACAGCAAGUUCAUGGAGAAGGAGAAGAAGCCACCCUUAGCAACUGUGAAGGGGGGCAGAGGAAAAGCAAAGGGCAAGAAGAAAGGGAAAGUGAAAGAGGAGGUGGAGGAAGAAACUGACCCCCGGAAGAUCGAGCUGCUGAACUGGGUGAACGCUCUGGAGCAAGCCAUGCUGGACGCUCUGGUCUUGGACCGAGUCGACUUUGUGAAGCUCCUGAUUGAAAAUGGAGUGAACAUGCAGCACUUUCUUACGAUUCCCAGGCUGGAAGAACUUUACAACACGAGACUGGGUCCUCCAAACACCCUUCAUUUGCUGGUGAGGGAUGUAAAAAAGGGCAACCUGCCGCCCGAUUACCAUAUCAGCCUCAUAGACAUAGGCCUGGUGCUGGAGUACCUCAUGGGCGGGGCCUACCGCUGCCACUACACUCGGAAGAGCUUCCGGACCCUUUACAACAACUUGUUUGGACCCAAGAGGCCUAAAGCUCUUAAACUGCUGGGAAUGGAAGACGAUGAGCUUCCAGCCAAAGGGAAGAAAAAGAAGAAGAAGAAAAAGGAAGAAGAGAUCGAUAUCGACGUGGAUGACCCCGCUGUGAGUCGUUUCCAGUACCCCUUCCACGAGCUGAUGGUGUGGGCUGUGCUGAUGAAACGCCAAAAAAUGGCAGUCUUCCUCUGGCAGCGAGGCGAGGAGAACCUGGCCAAGGCCCUGGUGGCCUGCAAGCUCUACAAGUCCAUGGCCCACGAGUCCUCUGAGAGCGAGCUGGUGGAUGACAUCUCCCAGGAUCUAGACAACAACUCAAAAGACUUUGGCCAGCUUGCCGUGGAGUUGCUGGACCAGUCCUAUAAGCACGAUGAGCAGGUCGCCAUGAAACUGCUGACCUACGAGCUGAAGAACUGGAGCAACUCCACCUGCCUCAAACUGGCUGUCGCCGCCAAGCACCGGGACUUCAUCGCCCACACCUGCAGCCAGAUGCUGCUGACAGACAUGUGGAUGGGAAGGCUGCGAAUGAGGAAAAACCCCGGCCUGAAGGUUAUAAUGGGGAUUCUUCUUCCCCCCACCAUCCUAUUUUUGGAAUUUCGGACAUACGAUGACCUCUCGUAUCAGACAUCCAAGGAAAAUGAAGAUGGUAAAGAAAAAGAAGAAGAGAAUGUGGACGCGAAUGCAGAUGCCGCCUCAAGGCAGGGCGACGAGGAGAAUGAGCUCGAAAAGCAGAGGCGUAUUCCCGUCGGCACGAAGAUCUGUGAAUUCUAUAACGCUCCCAUUGUCAAGUUCUGGUUUUACACAAUAUCAUACCUGGGCUACCUACUGCUUUUCAACUAUGUCAUCCUGGUGCGCAUGGACCGCUGGCCCUGUCUCCAGGAAUGGGUCGUCAUCUCCUACAUCUUGAGCCUGGCGUUAGAGAAGAUCCGAGAGAUCGUCAUGUCAGAACCAGGCAAACUCAGCCAGAAAAUAAAAGUCUGGCUUCAGGAAUACUGGAACAUCACAGAUCUCAUGGCCAUUUCCACGUUCAUGAUUGGAGCCAUCCUUCGCCUCCAGAAGCAGCCGUACAUGGGUUACGGCCGAGUGAUCUACUGUGUGGAUAUCAUCUUCUGGUACAUCCGAGUCCUGGACAUCUUUGGUGUCAACAAGUAUCUGGGGCCCUAUGUGAUGAUGAUUGGAAAGAUGAUGAUUGACAUGCUGUAUUUCGUGGUCAUCAUGCUGGUUGUGCUGAUGAGUUUCGGGGUGGCCCGUCAAGCCAUUCUGCACCCAGAUGAGGAGCCCUCAUGGAAACUGGCCCGAAACAUCUUCUAUAUGCCCUACUGGAUGAUCUACGGAGAAGUGUUUGCAGACCAGAUCGACCUCUACGCCAUGGAAAUUAACCCUCCUUGCGGUGACAACCAGUAUGAUGAGGAAGGCAAGCGGCUCCCUCCCUGCAUCCCGGGCGCCUGGCUCACACCUGCCAUCAUGGCCUGCUACCUGCUGGUCGCCAACAUCCUGCUGGUGAACCUGCUCAUCGCGGUUUUCAACAAUACCUUCUUUGAAGUAAAGUCAAUAUCCAAUCAAGUGUGGAAAUUUCAGCGGUACCAGUUGAUUAUGACGUUUCAUGACCGGCCAGUCCUACCUCCACCCAUGAUCAUUUUAAGCCAUAUCUACAUAAUUGUCAUGCGUCUUCGUGGGCGUUGUAGGAAGAAAAGAGAAGUGGACCAAGACGAAAAGGAUCGUGGGCUGAAGCUGUUUCUCAGCGAGGAGGAGCUGAAGAGGCUGCACGAGUUCGAGGAGCAGUGCGUGCAGGAGCACUUCCGGGCGAAGGAGGACGAGCAGCAGUCGUCCAGCGAUGAGCGCAUCCGUGUCACCAGCGAGAGAGUUGAAAAUAUGUCAAUGAGGUUGGAAGAAAUCAACGAGAGAGAGAAUUUUAUGAAAACAUCCCUACAGACUGUUGACCUUCGACUUUCUCAACUAGAAGAAUUAUCUACCAGAAUGGUGAAUGCACUUGAAAAUCUUGCAGGAAUUGACAAAUCUGACCUCAUACAGACACGGUCCCGAGCUUCUUCUGAAUGUGAGGUGACUUACCUUCUAAGGCAAAGCAGCAUAAACAGCGCCGAUGGCUGCAGCAUGUGUGAGGAAGCACCUCUCCCCACGCCCCCAGGGACAGGAUUCAGGAAGAAUGCCUGUUCCUUCCAAAUGAAGGAAAACAAGGAACUGAAAACACAUCUGGCACCAGAGCUUCAGGGCAGCAUCCACCGUUCAUCCCACAUGGGCGCAUCGGCAACACCAGAGUGCAGUCGGCUUGCAUUAGACAAUGUAAAGAAUGCAUCGGAGCCCAAAUUAGGUCCAGAUACUGGGAUUUCAGCCGAAGAUGAUGGAAGACACGCAGACUCUAAAAGAGAAGAAACAGUUUCCCCAAGUUUAAAUCAAACAAAUGUUGUGGAUGGACAGAACAAAUCAGAUUUCCAAAAGCCUCAGCUAACAGUGGAAGCAACAAAGGUAGAAGGCACUGUUUCCUGUCCCCCAGAAGAAACGAAAAUGACACGCUAUUACCCUGAUGAAACGUCCAAGGCUCGUAAAACACUGAAGUCCAGAAGCUUUGUAUAUUCUCGUGGAAGAAAGCUGGUCAGUGGGGUUAGCAACUGGAGUGCAGAGUACAGUUCAGUGUUGGACCAGGCAUGCCCCUCUGCAGUUCAACAGUGGACGACAGAAUGGAAAUAUGAAGUUCAAAAGAUUAUACGUUCUCGAAGUACAGAUAUCCCUUUCGUUGCCUCGGAAGCUGCAAUGCAAGCUGAGCAUAAAGAGCAAUUUACAGAUACUGAAGAAGAAAACUCUGUUUCUGAAACAACCCCUCAAAUUUCCCAUUUACCUCUCGCUGUUAUUGAGAGAACUGAGAAGGAAAACUUACUCUCUGUUAAAUCAGCCCAAACUUUGGGAUUCCCAGCUUUAAGGUCAAAAAGUUUACACGGCCCACCUAGAAAUGCUAAAGCCAUUCAGGGCAAAUUAGACAGAACUGGUCAUGCCUGCAGUGCAAGUAACUUAGUAGUUGUGUCUGGAAUUACAACAGAAGAACACAAGGUUAAGCAAGAGAAAACUUCCGCGGAAACUGAAUGCUAAUGUGUUUUGUUUCUUUAGUUUUUAAGUCAAAACCACUGAUGAGUACCAUCUUGGUCAUUGAAACAUCAUCAAUUUCUGGAAUAGUUUUCAUUAAAAAAUGUUUGGCAAUUUGGAGUCAUGAUUAAUUUUAAUUUUCAUGCUAAACAAAGUAAUAUUUUGCUAGGGAAUGUUAGUAAACUUAGUAUUUUUAGUUGGAGUUGGAUCAAAUGAAAGUGACAAAUACUCCAAUUGAGAUAAGCUUAAUUAGGACACAAGAUUCUACCACCUCUUUUAUUCCUGAGGGCUACCAAAUAGCCUAAGAAAUGCCUUUGGGUGCCAUCAAUACGUUACUUAGGGAGUAAGCAACCGUGUGAGAGAGAAACUGAGGAGAAAGGAAACAUGAAAAAGGGGGAGGGCUGGAAAGAAAAAUGAAAAUUAUCAGGUACAAGAAGAGAGAAGCAGAAAGAAGCCAUAAUUAUCAUAUUUUUAUGGGUUUUUUUUGUUUUAUCUUUUAAUGUCUUACAUUUUAAAAUUCCAUGAGGAGAUAAAAGGCACACGAUUAUAUGAGAGAUCACACUGUGAUAGUUUGCAGUACCAAGAAUUUUGUUCAUGUGUAAAAAUAAAGAAGCCAGUAUGUAUAUUCCUGUUGUCAUAUAGUCCCUGAUAGCAAAUACAAAUGUACCUCUGUCUAUGAGAAGAUUGUGCAAAGCUACGGCUAAAACGUAUAGGACACAUGGUCAAGGUGGGAACUGCCAAGACCCACAGAGACUGUUAUGGCUGAGAACACAGGGUGCCCUGCUUCAGCUUGUAAGUGCCAAGCCGCGUGCUAGUGCUGGGCCCCCAUGCCGGGUCAGAUCCACUCUCUAGGAACCCCUAAGGCCAUCCUACUGCCACUGUUCUUGACUCUACAAAAAAGGGCAGAGAGGGUAGGAAGGGAUCUGCCCUGGCUAGAACAGAAGCCACCGACAUUCACAGAUAUUAGAGUCGACCCCUGGGCCCUCACCUUUCCCCCAAGGGCCCCUCUUGUGAGGUCUCAGGGGGUCUCUGCAGCACUCAGAGAAGACCAGCCUCAUGCCUGGAGUUAAUGACAGCUAUUACUUCAGUGAAGGGCCUCACUCCCAUAAAGAACCACUGAGUCGAGUAUCCAGGAGUUGUUGCUCACAGGUGGUGGGUAGGGGGUAAAUCAGGUAGAAACGGAGAUGAUCACAAAAAAGGAGACCAUUACACCCAUUCUCAUCCGAGGUUCAGACUGACACAUCACCAUAAAUUGGCAAGAGAGGAGAGAGAGAGACUAAGAGACAGAGAGACUGAUUCCCUGCAGCUCUGCCAAAAGUAGUGACCAGAGAUAAUUAACACCCGAAUGAGACUGAGAUUUUAAUAGUCGAGUCAGUUCCUGAACUGGGCUCAAUUUAUCAAAAGGUACUGGUAUACCAUUGCAUGGUUGACAGGGCUUUGAAAUUUAAUAAAUGAUUAGAGUAAUUUAAUAAAUAAAAUUAUUGCUUAUUUGUAUAUUUCUACAUUGAGACUAUUUGAUCAGUUCCACUACAUGAAUUAUUUGGUCAAAUGAUUAACCCACUACAUUUUACCUGAUUCCUAAAUCUUUCCUGUUGGUGCCGAGAAAACUCUCAACCCUUUGUCACAGCCUAGAAAAAAGAUUUCUCAGAAUAAACUGGGGAACUUAGUACAGCUCAACAGAACAGGUCUGAAGAAGGCAAAGCUUCUCUCCGGAAUUCUCUCCACUCAUUACACGGCCCCUCUUUUCUGAGGUCUCUCCCACCUUCCCUCAGGUCUGGGGCCUGAAUCCAUUCCCAUAAAUCCUGCUGAGACACCUGUCUCCUGUCAAGGUGUUGGCUCCGAGGGAUGCAAAUUUUUUCAGAAG